CUUUUUUAUUUUAAUACCAUACGAAAAUAAAAUGUCUCAAAAAAACAAUAAUGAAGAAUUUGAAUUUAAUCAUCGUUCAAAACGAACUCGUUAUAUUAAUAUUACGGAUGAAGAGGAAGAGCCUGAAGAAAUACUUGAUAAUGAGGAAAUCGAAUUAGAAAACCAUCAAGAAGGAGGGUCUCAGCUUGAAAAUAAAGAUGAUACUUCAAGUGCCUUAAGUACAUUAGACGAAAAGGAUGAAAAAGGAAGCAUAGUAUGGAAACAUUUUGACAGAUUUGUAGAUAAUAAAGGUACUUCAUGGGCAAAAUGUCGAUAUUGUGGAUUAAUCCUUCUAUUGCGCAACAAGCAGAAAUUAUAAAGAAUUUUUUACAGUCUGCCAAUAAUGUAAAAAUUAAAUUUUCUAAUGAACUUUUUCGUGCAAAGCUUGUCGAAUGGAUUGCUACAGAUGAUCAGCCAUUUACAGUUGUUGAAU